AUGGCUUACAAGCUCUGCGACUCUUGCAAAUCCACCACCGCCACCUUGUAUUGUCGCCCCGACGCCGCAGAGGACUCCAAGGUCCACGUCGCUAACAAGCUUGCCUUGUGUCACCCGCGUGUCACGCUCUGCGAGGUCUGUGAGCAGGCUCUGGCGCACAUCACCUGCAAGGCUGACGCCGUCGCGCUAUGCCUCACCUGCGACCGCGACAUCCACUCCGCCAACCCCCUCGCCAGCCGCCACGAGCGCCUCCCGGUCACUCCAUUCUUCAAGUCCAUACACUCUAUCAAGGCUUCCUCGCCGAUUAACUUCCUCGACGAGCAUCGCUUUCCAUCACCCAAUUUUUCUUCUACGCAAUAUGUAGCGUUUUUUGCUGUAUCGAUAAUGGACACCACGUGUUUGUUGAAAUGCUCCACCAAUGUUUGCUUACUUUUGUGA